ACGGAAAGAGAAAUAUACAAAAGCUUCUGGAAGCGUCUUUAUCUGCUACUAUAAUAAACCAUCUUUCAUCUCUAGGGUUUCGUUAUCCUCUUCAUCUCCAUUUUGCUACCUACCAACUAAAUUUCUCCGCUCCAUUCGGAAAUGGCAGCUGCUCAGAUGACCGCCGCCGCAUCUUCAAGCGUUUUUCUGCCAUCAUUUGAAGGUCUUAAGCCGUCAACAAUCAAGGUUUCGUCCGCGUCCUUUAGAAUGGGUGGUGGUUUAACUCUCAGAUCAACCCGUGGACUCGUUGUCAAAGCCGCCACUACUGUCGCUCCUAAGUACACUACAUUGAAGCCAUUGGGUGAUAGAGUAUUGAUUAAAAUCAAGGCUGCAGAAGAGAAGUCUGCAGGUGGUAUUUUACUCCCUUCAACAGCUCAAACAAAACCACAAGGAGGCGAAGUAGUUGCUGUUGGAGAAGGCAGGACAGUUGGCCAAAACAAGGUGGACAUAAGUGUAAAGACUGGAACACCAGUUGUGUAUUCCAAGUAUGCUGGAACAGAGGUUGAGUUCAAUGGGACAAACCAUCUUUUACUAAAGGAAGAUGAUAUUGUUGGUAUACUUGAGACAGAUGACGUGAAGGAUUUGAAGCCUCUUAAUGACAGAGUCCUAAUCAAGGUCACAGAGGCGGAGCUAACUACGGCUGGUGGCUUGUUGCUCACACAAGCAAGCAAGGAGAAACCCUCCAUUGGCACUGUGAUUGCGGUGGGGCCGGGUCCAUUGGAUGAGGAAGGAAAAAGAAAAGAGCUGACAGUGUCUCCAGGGAACACUGUUCUUUACUCAAAAUAUGCGGGGAAUGAUUUCAAAGGGAGUGAUGGAAAACCGGGGGAGAUGAAUAUUGGUUUUGAUUCGAUUAAUGGAGAUGGUAUACAACAUAUUAAUAUAUGUGAGAUGACAUCUAAAUCUGAUUUUGAUACAGAUCUUGACACUGAAUUUGGGGGCAUCAACUAUGGUUUUAUGGAAUUGUAGGUUAGACUUCAAAUUUGUAGAGGUCCAAAAAGAAUUGAAAUGGUCCAAAAUAGUUUCUUUUAUCAAAAAACACAUAAGGCGUAUUUGGUAGCGAGUGUUUGAGAGUUUUUAGUUUUCUGGCGUUUAACAAAAAAUUCAAUUUAAAGAAAAAGCUUUGUUUGAGAGUAUGAAUUUUUAGCAUUUUAAUUUAAACAAGAUCCUCCAAAUCCAAAAGCUAGCUUAUGUAAAUGCACAUAUCGAUGAUUUUACCCUUAGGGAGUAUCAUUAAUUCAUUAUACCUGUUGUUGAAAUGAAUAAAUCCUUUAUAAAGGAAACAAGGAUGGUUACCUG